AUCAAAAUCUCCAAUAUUCAAAAUAACUGUCUUCUUGGCAUUAAAAUAUGUACAAAUAUAUAUCAAAAAAGGAAAUAAUACCAAUUUUACCAACGAAUAUCAACUCUUCACCAUUGCACUUAUGUUGUCGAAUAAAUGGCUCAACGAUAAGAAAUAUGCAAGCAAGAUCUGGUCAGAAGUAUCCUAUAUCUCUCGAGCUGAAAUUGAUACUUUGGAGAUUUCAUUUUUGAAAUCUUUGAAUUUCAAAAUGUAUAUUACUGGAGAAGAACAUUCAUUUUGGCUAAAUUGCAUAAAAAAUUAUCAUCUUUCUGAUAUACUUGAAUACUUGUUUGCUGAAAGAAUUGGAAAUAUGGCUGUCUUUCAACUGACUCUACUGAAACCAGGCUUUAAUUAUGAACAAAUCAUUGAUUCAAAAGUUAUUGAACCACUAGCUAGAUUUGAAUAUGG